GCAGCAGUCGGUUAAUGUCGCUGUGUACGUGUGCUUGUGUGAGUUCUGUCUCAAACUCUCAUCCAUUCAAGCUCAGCAGACCAGAGAGGAGGACAACACUUGGACAGUCAUCCUGAACCUUCCAAAAUACAUUUCAUCCACAUACCAAUUCAAUCAUCUUCCGGCAUGUUCUCCCAAUAUAAAAUCUUGUCGUUGAUGAACUGCCUGUUACUCCUGGCGGUGAUGUUUCCUGCGGUCCAGUCGCGUCGGGGCGGGGGCUUCGGGCGUGGAGGAGGCCGAGGUGGAGGAUGGGGAGGCAGCAGCUCUGGUCGCACGGGCUGGGGAGGAGGCGGUGGACAUUACCGUGCCCCACCAGCUCACACCGGAGGCUCCUCGGGACACAGCACUGGGAAGGUAGCAGGGGCGGCCGCCGCCGGAGCUCUAGGGGGAAUGCUGGUCGGACACGGCUUGAGCUCCUUGGCCCGACCUGGAUAUGGGUACGGGCAUGGGUAUGGAGGUUAUGGAGGAUACGGUGCGGGAUAUGGGCAUGGCCAUGGGUACGGCCAUGGUCACGGACAUGGACAUGGUGGUGAGCAUUCAGGAGAUCAUGUUCACAAUGAGACAGAUGUGGAUUAUUACACAGAUGCUGCCAGUUCUGGACCCGUUUAUAGCUGUGUGACAGUUUUUGGACUCGUGAUGUCAUUCUUACUUGGGUACAUUCUGUCUUAAGGGCCACUUAUGGGUCACUUGGCAUGGGUCAAUCUUGGGCACCUUCUUGCAUCUGUCACUUCUUUCAAUACAAAAAUGCAAUUAAACAGCACUCUGUGCAUGAUCUCCGCCCAAGUUCUGUGUUAAAUUGACAGCAGAAAACAAGGUUGCAUUUGCUUGAUUGGCGACCGUUUCCAAUGGUUUUUUGUCUCUGAAGCGAGAGUUAUGAUGAGCACAUGCCUGAGUCAGAAGCCUGUGCAUUUAUUGUUGAUUUUUAUAAAUGAAUAAUGUCGUUUUUUCAUGAUUUAGUUUAUAUGCAUAAUGGAAUUUUGUAUCAUUUAAAAUAUAUGAUGUGUAACAGGUAGUUUAUUAUCUAAAGAGCUUUGCAGAGCAUCAUGUAUAUGUAUUUUUCCUUGAUACUUAUGCAAACAUGCAUUGAUUGUUCUCUACUGAGCCGUUUCAACCUUCUCAAUGAUUUAAUCUGUUUGUUCCUGCCAUUUACGUCAGCGAACAUUCAAAAUAAAACAAGGCUUAUGGUAAAAUCACAUUAAACCAUAAUAAGCUUGACGCAGUGCGUCAAGUUGAGAGCAAAUCUUGUUAAAGGGCUCGGGUGCUCUCUACCUCACUUCCCUGAGCUCUUUAACAAGCAGCUGAUUGUUUUAAACCAAUAAGAUUCCAUUGCUUUCGCUUGUACACUUUCCUAUCAGUAUGUAUGUUUAUUUUUGUACUGCUAAUAUAAAA